ACUGGCCGUUAGUCGUGUUUUAGAAAGAGUCAGAGUGAUUUCAAAUUUGUCAAAUUCAAAGAUGUCAAAAUCUGUGGAUAUUUUCAAUUUGUCUCCGAUCAUCUAUCGAGUACUUACCCUAGCUUAUGUCGUUCUGGAUCUGGUUGGAUCGAUUCUACUGCUAGUGUUCCGGAAAGAUUUGGUUGAAAGAUACAACGUCAAAGAGUAUAUUUCUGAUGAGAACAUGCGCAUAGCUGUGUUCAUUUUUGGUCAAUUUUGGGUUAUUUCCAAUUGGUCCCUCCUGUACGGUAUUUCAAACCGAAAAAAGCUUUAUGUGAAGCUUCAUCUCUACUACACGAUUGGAGUAUUCGUCGGAUUGGCGGUGGCCUUAGUAUUGAUCGCCUUUAUGGUUCUAUGCGCAAUGGUUGGAAUGAUGGACAAGGAAAAUGUUGACUUAACGAACAUGUUCGGCGCGUCGAUUUUGGUAUCUUCAGGACUGGCACUUUUGCUUACGAUUGGUAUUGGCAUAUUGACAUUGGUCAUUGCAAUGAUCAAAUUGACGCUCGAGGGACUGAUUGAAACGUUCAUACCAAUUGAAGAAGCAGCUAAAGUGGUGAAAGAAGGUGAGGACAUUCUGAAGGAGAAGGAAUGUAUCGCCUAAACCAGGUGCGAUGUUUUGCAAAUUCAUAAUUCGAACAAUUCUGAAUAUAACUCGAAUCGAU